UGCGCAGGAAUAAGUUAGUGUGUGUGUAUGGGUGACGCACACGCUCUGACCUCGCCUGCCGUUGCCUAGGAACCGAGUGCGUGCGUAAGUUGCCAAGGGAACGCAGGAGCAUCCUCCUCCCCUCUCCUCCCUCCCCGGACUCCCUGAUGCUCCCACUGUGCUCACGGGCUUUCUCGGAGUCGGUUCAGUCAAGGUUGGCCCCUCGGCUUUCGGCCCCCACCUUCUGCCCAAGAUGCCUGGGAAGUCCCGCAGCGUGGUGCAGCUCCAGGACCAUAAGACAGCAUUCGCCUUGGCCAAGAGGAGGCAAGCUGAGGUUUUGCUGCAGAGCCGACUCUUCAAUGCCAGGGAGCGUCUGAUGGGGGGAGAUUAUGAAGCCUGGAAAGCUCAGGUUCAUGAUCGGAAAAUUCAAGAUGCGACAGAAAAAGGGAAGCAUGAGACAAUUGGAGCGGAAAUGAGGCAGAAUGAUCGGAUUGCAUGUAUCCUGGAGGAGCGGCAGAAGAGGGACAGGCAGACUCUCCAGAAAGCCAUUACUGACUUCCGACAGACCUUCCAGAAGCCUGAGAGUCGCCGGGAGUUUGACCUCUCCAACCCCCUGGCUAUAAAGAAAGAUACUCGACCCAGCAUUUUGGUUGAGGUCCAAAAGAACAGCAUCUCUGGGAUGCAGAAAUUCAUGGGGGAGGAUUUGGGCUUCAAGGAGAGGAAGAAGGCCCAGCAGGAGCAGAAUAGGGAGUGGACCCUUGAGCACCAGCACUUGUGGAAUAAUGCUCUCGCUGACCACAGAUUAGCAGAGGACAUCUUCACCAAGAGCAGGCUGGAGUUUGACCAAACUGCCAUGGACCUUCAGAAACUAGAACUUGCCACUAGACGAGCAGUGUGUGCAGUCGUUAAGGACUUCAAUAAAAACCAGAUUCUUGAAGCAGUGGAAAGGAGAAGGCUCGAGCGCAAACAGGAAGAGGAAGACAAUGUGACAGAGAUCUCCAACACCCUGCAGAGUGACUUCCCCUCCGAGACCUCCCACCGGCUUGGCCAGGGUAGGAGGUGGACCAAGGAGCAACUUGAGGAGAUCUGGCUCAUCCAGAAGCAACAGGUCCACGAGAAGCAGAGGCUACAAGAGGAAGAGAAGCAACGAGACUUUGAUUGGGACCGGCAGAGAGUCCAGGCAGCUAGAGUCAACAUUCUGUUAGAGAGGAAGCAGCAGCGGCAAAACCGGGAGCUCCGCAGGGAUAUGGAUAACAAGAACUUGAACUUGGCACAGGAGCAUAAAAACCUGAAUGAUUAUCUUAAUGAGGAAGUCUACAGAAAUUGCCCCUCUGAGCAGUAUUUCACCCAAUUUAAUACAACUAGUAAAUAAGGAAGAAAAUAUAGCCACUAAUGUUUUGGUUUAUGUAUAUUGGAGUUUAAUAAAAAAAAUUUUUUUUAAA